AUGGCACCUCUGACUCGAGUUUUUCACGCGGAGACUCUCCCCGAUCAUGUCAAUACCGUCCAGCGCAACUUUCAAGAAAAGCGUCGCAAAGGCGGCCCCGUCAACCUGAAGGAGUGCCCGUUGCUCGAAAUGACCCAGUACUCGUGCAACCCGCCACAAGAUGGCAUUCCUGAGAAAGGAGUUGUCGUGUGCAAACCCGUGGUGCGGUUAUUCAGACGCUGCGCUGGUGGCUUGACAGUCGAAACCACAUCCUGGGAACCUCUCAGGCAAGCAGAGGAACAGAAGCAGAAACAAGCGAGUACACAGUGA